AAAAUUUAAAAAGUCUAUCGUAUCAGAUCCUGGGUUCUAAAAAUUGGAAAAAAAAAAAAAAAGACUCUCCAUCUUCCCUCCUUCCCCGUCUUUUCUUUUUAAUUUUAUUAUUAUUGGUGAUUGGUGAUGAAUUGGGAUUCCCUGCCCUGCUCUCUGCUGCGACUGUGAGUUUCUGACCUGACCUCACUGUCACUCAAAUCCUUGUUUCUUGUCUUUUCCUCUCCCUCUCCUAACCCUAACUUUCCAUCUCCACCUUCCAUUCAUUCAUUUCAUCAUCGCUUCCUUACCCAUUUUUUAGAUUUUCAAAAUGGUGGUUCAAUCGCCGCAUUCGGUGGAGAGUUCUGUCCCAACGCCUAAAAACGGUAGCAGAAGAGUGAAUACUCAAGGGAAAGGUUUGUCAGUCUCCGGACAAAGGAGAGCAAGUGCCAGACUACAAGCCGCCAAACAAAGAGCUGAGAAGGAGCUUUCCGUCAAGCGGAGGGUGGACCACGAUGAACAUGCAGAUGGAGGAAGUAGCAGGAAAAAGGUUAAUGUGGAUACUGAGAAGGUAAACCUAAAACCAAAACAUGCUCAAAGUGGUACUCAACAACUUCCUGCGAUUUCAUCUGACCAGACUGAACCCAAAAUGAACGAGAAAGUGGCCAAAAUGGUAGAACGAGCUGCCAAAAUUGCAGAGGGACUAGAUGGUACUAAUGCUACCAAUGCUACCAAUGCUACCAAUGCUCCAAAUGUUGUUGAGAAGAGUGCACAUAUUAAAGUGAAGGAGACUAUAAGGUUGUUCAACAAGCAUUAUCUUCACUUUGUUCAGGAAGAGGAAAAGAGGUGCACGGCGGUCAAAGUUGACAAGAAAGCCCCCAAGGGCAAGAAUGCCAAGAAAGGAAAUGUACCUGAGGUUGAUGUCAAGGGCAAGGCCAAGCGACCUGACUUGAAGGCGAUAUCAAAGAUGAUAGAGAACGAUGAGGUGCUUUAUCCUGACAAAAGGAUAGGCAGCCUUUCAGGCAUUGAUGUUGGUCAUCGGUUUUAUUCUCGUGCUGAAAUGGUUGCUGUUGGUUUUCAUAGCCACUGGUUGAAUGGUAUUGAUUAUAUGGGACAGUCCUACAGGAAAGGGGAGUAUGAACACUAUAUAUUCCCACUUGCAGUAGCUAUAGUUUUGUCGGGCAUGUAUGAGGAUGAUUUAGAUAACGCUGAAGAUGUUGUCUAUACUGGACAAGGAGGACAUGACCUAACUGGUAAUAAACGUCAAAUUCGAGAUCAAGUUUUGGAACGUGGUAAUCUGGCUCUCAAGAACUGUGUGGACCUUGGGGUGCCUGUCAGAGUAAUUCGUGGUCACGAAUCUGCUAGCAGUUACUCUGGAAAAGUUUAUACGUAUGAUGGCUUGUACAAGGUUGUUCAGUACUGGGCAGAGAAGGGUAUUUCUGGGUUCACUGUGUUUAAAUAUCGAUUGAGGCGCCUUGAAGGACAGCCAACAUUAACUACUAGCCAGGUUCAAUUUACCUAUGGCCGUGUUCCCAAGUCUCCUUCUGAAAUUCGCGGGUUGGUGUGUGAGGACAUCAGUGGUGGUCAAGAGGAUGUACCUAUUCCAGCUACUAAUUUGGUUGAUAAUCCACCCGUUGCACCGACAGGUUACAAGUAUUGCAAGUCUAUGAAAGUUGCACAUAAUAUAAAGCUCCCUGUUAAUGCUGCUGGAUGUGAUUGCAAGGGAGUUUGCUGGGAUCCUAAGACUUGUGCAUGUGCCAGGCUUAAUGGUUCUGAUUUUCCUUAUGUGCACCGUGAUGGUGGCAGACUAAUUGAAGCCAAGCAUGUUGUUUUUGAAUGUGGUCCAAAUUGUGGCUGUGGCCUAAGUUGUGUAAAUCGUACAUCUCAGAAAGGAUUGAAAUAUCGACUUGAGGUGUUCCGUACUCCAAAGAAAGGAUGGGCAGUUAGGUCUUGGGAUUUUAUACCUUCUGGUGCCCCAGUGUGUGAAUAUAUUGGACUACUCACGAGGACAGAAGAGCUGGAUAGUGUCUCUGAGAAUAAUUACAUAUUUGACAUUGAUUGCUUGCAAACUAUGAGAGGGCUUGGUGGCAGAGAGAGACGGCAACAGGAUGCAUCUUUGCCGAUGAUCCAGAACAUGGACAAAAUUGAUGAACAGAGAUCAGAGAGUGUGCCAGAGUUUUGCAUUGAUGCUGGUUCCAUGGGAAAUGUUGCAAGAUUUAUAAAUCAUAGCUGUGAGCCUAACCUCUUUAUCCAGUGUGUCCUCAGUGCACAUCAGGAUAUUAAACUAGCUCGAGUGAUGCUCUUUGCAGCAGACAACAUUCCUCCUUUGCAGGAGCUUACUUAUGAUUACGGCUAUGCCCUUGAUAGUGUUUAUGGUCCUGAUGGGAAGGUAAAAAGGAUGCCAUGCUACUGUGGAGCAGAAGAUUGCAGGAAGCGCUUAUUCUAGAUGCUGAAUUUGAUGUAUGUAUCUGCCCUGAUUCUUUUGUGUCUCACUUUUCCUGACAAAUGGUGAGCAAUAUAUAGGUUUCCCAGGGUUUUGUAUAUUAUGAGCUGCUGCAGGUUGUUGUUUUCAUUUUUUUUAUUCCAAUUUUUAUUGCAAAUGUUGAAAUCUUGUCUCGAAUAUGAGAAAAGACACUAUACUGAUUUUAAUAGAUCAGAGCUCAAGGGAAUUGAUGAGAGCAAUAGCAACAUAUUGUUGAAAAUCAGUGUAGUUUAUGCCGCAUUACUCAUAGGUAUCUGGUUCUGAUUGUAAGUGUCUUACGCAUGGUGCUUUUGCGAUAUGGAUAUUGGAUAAAGAGGUCAUCUAUUAAUGCAUGCAUUUUUGCCUUCCUCUGUAACUGUGUUCUGCUUUCUGCUUACAUUAACAAGGUCUAAGAAUGUAUUAUCUAGGGAAAGUGAUAAUAUGAGGAUGCUAGUUUAUAUUCAAUGUACUUUUUUUUUCCCCGAUUAGUUGGUUAUUCCACUCAUCUUAAAAGUUAGUGGGAAAGAAAUGAAAUACACGUGCUACAAAAAACAAUCAAGCUGUUCAAAAGGAGGCAGUGAUUUUGGCUUCAAAUAACAAAGCAUGUUGCAACAAAGAAAGUUGGCUCCUCUUCUAAUAAAUCUUUGUGUUACCCGGCUUCUAUUCCGUUUCAAGAUGAUCCAAUUACAGAAUAACGAGGACCCUUACUUUAGUAUUUCACCUACAAUGAAGUGCAAUCAACCAAUCCAAAUUCAUAACUAUGUUAAGUUUAUAAAAAUUUUAU